UUCCUGCGUCGUCCCCUGCCCUCUCCGCUUUGUGUCCGCGCUCUCCCUCCUUAACCGAAAGAGGCAGUACGCCGCGUCGAAGACGAACCCCUGGUGGGCCCUCCUCAGCGGGAGGGCCCCGAGGGCGAAGGAAGAAGCAACGUCGUUGAGCGGCUUGCGUGCCGCUAAAACGGUGCAUCGGCGCGUUAGCCUAGGAGACCACGUGCAGAAGCCCAGAGGAGGCGGUUACUGCGCGGCUGGAAGCAGUGUGUCUCAUGUCGACGGCAGGCCUACGCGUCAGGUGAUGUAUCAAAACGCUUGAUCGAUUCUCUCCUUACGUCAGUGUUGGCGUCAUACAAUUUUUGUAUAGAUCGCGACUUCUGUUAUUUGAAACUUCGCCUCGGUGUGUCGUCUGCGCUCACAUCUCGCGUCUACGACGCUCGACUGCCUAGGGAGAACAUUCGGCGACACAGCAGCGAGGUUUUGGGAUAGCUUGAUUGGCCGAUUUCGAUUGCAGCUCCGGGAUGCGCUGUACGGUUUUCCUUAGCACGCGCACAUUGGGGAAGGGAGAUCGAACGAGGAGUGUUUUCCUGAAUGUUGUUGGCGCUUUUUUCUUUUGCUUCUCUCUCUCUCUCUCUCUCGCGCGCGCGCGCGCGAACGAAGUCGUGUGCGCUCGUUGUGUGCUGUGUUGACGGUGUUGUCGUCGUCCACGGACGCUCUAGCUGUCGCCGGCUUCUGCGUGCAACGUUAGCACGCGCAGACCACGAGGAAAGGGAUCUGUCCGCUCCCCUCGCUCUCCCUUCGAAACACACGCACCCUUGCCCGUCGGCUACGCCGGCGGAGUUCUGGUUGCCGCCGUUUCGGCGGUCGCCGUCUUUGUAGCGGUGUUCGGCGCGGACGGAGUUGGACGACGUUCGGCGCGCAAGACGCCGAAGCGUGCUUCCUUUCUUGUCGGCGCGAGUCCGGUUGUUCCAGGAAGACGUGUACAACGCGGCACCAAGUGUGUCUGGUGCUGUGAUGCGACAUGUGGUCCAACGGGUUCAACUGCAAGAAGUGCACGUGCAAACUGCACAGCGUCGUGACCAGGAGCCAUCCAGGAGACAUGGCUACCCAGCUGGAACGACUGCAGCAGGUGCACCCGGUGUCGGUGCGAGACAUCAAGGAGAAACUGCAGGCUCUGCGCAAGCACACCAGUGCAGGCGCGCUCAGCACCUCGCAUGCGAGGCGAGCGCCCGUCUGCGUGAGGCACUUCAACGACGACACCAAUGCUGAUGGAAAACCGGCUGAAAGUAGGAACAUCUUCCAAACCGAGGGCACGGGGGCCUCUUUUGCCACCAAGAGGCCCAGCCGCAAGCCCUCCCCGCCCCCGACCCCUGUUCGGCCCCCCGAAGCUCCGGAUCCUCCCCGCGUGGCUGAGGAACCCGAGAUGACGACACGAACUACGACUCCGCGACACCGAUCGACCACCCCCAAUACCCGCCGCUCCUGCGGUACUUCGCCACCCCGCCGACGCAGCCCUUCUCCCAGCCAGCAUAGUUCGCCAGCACUGGAUUGCCCACCUGAGCUAGCCGAGGCAAUUCGUAGACGGGUGCUGCAGGUACGCCGUGGUGUGCGGCUGUACUUGCUCUACCAGCCAGGACCGCGCUCUUUCCUUAUAGCUGCUGACCAGCCCGACCAUCGAUUCAAGGUGGUCCUUGGGCCGCAGACCUGCAGCUGUGGCAAGGGCCCCCACUGUGUGCACCUGCUGUUUGUAAUGCUCAGGGUUCUGCGCUUGACCGACACGGAUGCUCGACUGUUCAGCAAGACCCUCAAGGAGUUCGAGGUGGAUGAGCUGCUGCGUGGAUUCACCAUAUCCCGGCGGAGGACCUCCCAGCAGUCCGAAGGCCCGUUGACUGAUGACAAGUCACCCGACUGCCCUGCCAAGAAUCUGGAGGAUGCUAUUGACGGCACAUCAAAAACAGGCAGUCAUGAUGUGGAAGGUGACGACGCCAGCACCUGCCCAAUCUGCCUGCUGGAGAUGUUCGAAGGAGAGUCGGUGAUCACCUGCGACAAGGGCUGUGGAAAUCAACUGCAUCAUCACUGUGCCUCAAUAUGGGUGCUGCAAUGCAGCCGCAAUGGAGAGCCUGUUGUCUGUCCCCUGUGUCGAUGCCACUGGAAAGAUGACCGAUCGUCACCCCCACCCAUCACUAAGAAGCCACUACCGCCUGAAGAUGAUGAUGAGAUGCUUGUACCACCAUGCCCACUGCACUGCCUUCUACGUCGCGCGUCAGAUGUGAGCCCGCUGCCGAGGCCUGUAGGAACGCCUUCCUGUUCAGUGUCGAAUGCACCACCUCUGGUGAUGCACUUCUUCGGUACAGAGGUUGCUCAGUGCCUCAUGUCGAGCGUUUGGUCUGAGCGAGAAGCUGCGGUCAUGGAGGUUGAGGCACAGGUGACCCAUGCCCUCCGACUGGCCACGUCGAAGCCCAUGUGCCUGGAGCCAUGGGGAGGAAUAGAAGCCGUGCAGGCUGCCUGCUGCCGAGUGAUCUCACAUGCUAUUGCCGACCCUGUCUACCGUGUGUAUGUCACUGCUCUGCGUUGCUUCAAGUCCAUGCUGGUGCACAGUCCAUGCGCCAUCUUGGAAGACCUGCACAGCCUGCAGAAUCGUGUGCGGGACAUAGUGCGAGCUGUGCUCAUAAAGUGUGCUCACGGCGGGAACAAGAGAAGCCGUCAGCUGAGCCUGGCAACCCUUGCAGAGCUAGCACGCGGACAGGCAGGAGCACUGUCUGUUGGGAGCCUCACACAAUACCCAGCUCCGAAUGGCCUGGGCGCUGACUUCCUGCUGGAUGUUGUGUUGUCGGAAGGAAAGCUGACCCCAUCGUGGCAGGGUCUCCUCAGCCAGCUGUUGGUGCUGGGGCGGCUAGUCGAGGAGUUCCCACACCUGCUCACCUCACCCAUCGCCAUCACGGGGACCGUCAACGCAGAGUCGCUCGUCGCUGUCGACCUAGCCGUUCGUGCGGUGGGGCACAGUCACGUGACCGUGGUUCGCCAGGGGCGUCACCUGCUGGUAGGCCUGGCUCGUCUGUGCGGCCGCUGCCCCACGUCUGUGGCCCGCAUCUGGAACGGUGUCUCAGCACUCCAGGGACCGCAGCGUGCCCAGCUGGUGCGACUCGUGGGUGCAGCGCUGCAGGAGGCCCGCAGAAGCCGUCUCUUCCUGUGUGCCACCCGCUCGCCGUCCGUCGAGAGGCAGCAGGAGGAGCACCUUGUCCGCGAACAGCUGCUCCACACCAAGAAGAACUGGGCAGGCAAGGAUGACGAGGAAGAAGAAUGCUGUAACGGCCAGAGACCAGCAUCAGUGGCCAACAGCCCGUCGCGUUCCGCCGCCGCCUUCCAGCUGCCACCCCCCACCAUCGACCCUGCCCUGUUUGGCCAACUGGUACAAGUGGAUGCACCAAUGUCCAGCAGUGAGACCAAGACCACUGACAAGCCCUUGCCGGAAGAGAAAUGCAACGCACCCGUGCCAGAGAAGAAGCUUGCUGACAGCCAGCACUCGUCUGGUCGGUCGUCCUGGUCUUCCGCGACAUCUUCCUCGGAGAACAAGGUUGUUGUCACGACCGAGGCAACCACAGGUCCUGCUGUGCCACCCCAACGUGCCCCACGGAGCAGACCCAACUUCCUUCCCCUCCGCCGAUUGGCCUGUUCGCUGACGUCCCUCGGGCAGGGCCAGUUGUCCUCGGCGCAGACGACACCUGGAAGCGCAGUCACCUCGCCAGUGUCAUUCAGCCGAGAAAUUGCUGCGCUGCCAGCAGCCAGAGCCUCGUCAAAGAAGGGGGCGGUCAUCACCCAAGGACCACCCAUAGUAUCAAUGAGGGGCUGUGACAGCAACACGGCACACUCUGCGGAAUCGGCCACUGAAGACGACACCCAAGACAACGAAUUUAUCAUAUUCAAAUCUGCGCCGGGGCUUCCCAUCUCGUUCGGGGCAAGCAAGGAGGGGGCGAAAGGCUCGAGCUACGUGGAGGGCCAACACUGGCUGCGAGGCCCGAUGCUCGGUGCCGGGGCGUUCAGCUCGUGCUACCAGGCGAUGGACCGCAGCACGGGCACCCUGAUGGCUGUUAAGCAGCUGCCCUUCUGCCGGUCGUGCCAGCGCGACGACAAGGAGACGGCCGAGAUCAUGGGCAACAUCUGGAAUGAGAUCCAGAUGAUGGCACGCCUAGAACACCCGCACGUGCUGCCCCUGCUCGGCGCUACCAAGCACAAGGACCAGUACAAUGUCUUCCUCGAGUGGAUGGCUGGUGGCUCAGUGGCCUCCUUGCUGGAGCGGUACGGGCCAUUUCCGGAGGUGACAAUCCUGCGCUACACGUACCAGGCACUCAGUGGCUUGGCGUACCUGCACGAGAACCACAUUCUGCACAGGGAUCUCAAAGGUGCCAACCUUCUUGUAGACAGCACGGGACAGCACCUGAAGAUUGCCGACUUUGGCUCGGCAAGCCGUCUUCAGAGCAAGGCCACCCUGGCAGGGGAGUUUCAGGGUCAACUGCUGGGUACCAUUGCCUUCAUGGCUCCUGAAGUGCUACGAGGGGAGAACUAUGGCCGGUCAUGUGACAUCUGGAGCGUGGGCUGCGUCCUGAUUGAAAUGGCCACCAACGCGCACCCUUGGGACAACUGCAACACACUAAAUCACCUGGCGCUCAUCUACCGGAUCUCGUGUGCCCAGUCUCCGCCGCCAGUUCCCAAGAUGCUCAGCCUGAGGACGCAGCACCUGGCUCUGCAGUGUCUUCGACUUCGAUCCGAAGACCGCCCGCCAGCCACUGACCUUCUGGCUCACCCUGCAUUCAAGGAAGCCGGUCUCCACUCAGUCCAGGAGUCGUGAGGGCCCUGCACGACUGCUACGGUUGACAAGGUCAUAGCAGCAGCAGUGGUAGUUUAAAUCUGGACACACCUUACCACAGUGACAGCUCCCCCGAGUGACUGCGUCUUUGGUCGUCUGCAAAACUGUGCCACAUGUUCUCUUCCCGAUUGUGCGAAAUGUCUUUGCUAACUUUGAGUCCCAACCACCCUGCUCUGUUCUUUCUUCUCUCCUAUCUGGUUGUGCUGUUUAAAGCAAUGGCUUCGCAUACUUUGUCACGUAGGUCUGUCACCUACAUCCUGAGCUGGUUUUUGUCAUGCCAAGGCAUGCAUGGAUUCUACACAGUGUCAUGGUCGUCUGAGGAAACUGUCGAGCCCUUUUGUGGUCACAUAUAGCAUUCUGUGUCUAUGUGCUGCCUAUUGUGCAUGUUUUCGCAGUACAGUCACUCGGGGUCGUUUGCAUUCACUUGUGGGCUUUUUUUCCCAGUGAGGCAGCAGCAUGUUGAGGUUUACAUUCUGAACAUGUGGACCUAUAACGAGGUAGCAACGGAAACAGGACUUCUACUAGCGAUGGAUCACUUUCUGUUGCAUGACAAUCAGUGUCUUGCCUGUUGACUGAACCACUGAUAAUGGACAUGGCAAUAGAAACUUAUGUUCAUACUAUUCUGCCUGCAUCAGAACAGUUUUGUGUAUCACGCGGCACUUGACUGGAUUAACAAAAUGGGCACCAGAAACACCGUGACAAUGGUAACUGUGUCACUGCAGAAGGAUGUUGGCGUGAAAUUUAACAAGAAUACAAGUAUCAGUGAAAGUGAUCAAUCGGGAGUAAAUACAACCUAUCCCUGUUGCGAGCAUGGCUUGUAUAUGCUUAGCACAUUUUUCUUCAGCAUGCUACAAGCACCUCGACACAACAUGUAUGCUUGUCUCUCUUUUUUUAGUUUUUUUUUUUCUCUACCUCAGUGUGACACACUCCUUGCUCUUUCUCUCUCUCUAUGUUCCUCUGUCUCCUUUUGUUCUUUAAUCUUUGCGUACACAGUCUAAAGCAUGGCAGGACUGAUUGCUUCAGUGAUACAACCGUUAAAUACACAAUGCAAUGUUGUCGUGCGUUUGUGCCUUUUAGAUACUGAACCAACAGAAAAGAAACCGAGUUCUAAAGAAGUUCCUCAAGGUGACAUACAUGCCAACAGUCUCUUUCAACAAACAAACAAAAGAAAAUUCUGGCUUUGAAGAUGGAAUUUAACCAAUGCUAGAAGUUAGAGAAAGAAAAUGAUCCUGUUUGCACCUUGAAAAAAAAGUGCUUUCAGUCCUGCCUAUGACCUACAUGUUAUAUAUCAAAGUGUGUGCCAAAAAAGUAUAUAAGCAAGAGAAAAGGAAAAACAACAAAAAAAGAGAAGUGUACUUAAUGUGACGUGUCUUGUCAUGCAUCCUAGUUUUUUCGUGUGUUCAGUUUUUCUGUUGGUGCUGCCACUGCCUCAGUUCUGCGCUGUGGUAUUGACAUGGUACCAGCAUAGAUUUUUUAAUUCUUUGUCACUGCUGGAAACAGUGUUUUGUAUCCUUUGGGUAUGACAUGACAAGUGAAUGAUGCAGUCUGGUUUACUUGCACAAAUGGCAGUACUUGGCUGCCUUGCAGAGUGGGUCACUGGUUUGUGACACUUGGUGAAGACAAAAGCUUGUUUUUUCAUCGGUUGGAAGCUGUAUUCUCUUUCUCGGUUUAUGUUAGUUCAUGCAUUGCCUCAGCACAGUCUCUUUACUGCUGUAAUGUAACGGUUCAAUUACGAACACAAUGUGAAAAGUCACAAAUGAAAUUGAAAAAAAGACAGGGAAAUGCUGAAAGAAAAUGAAGACAGUCAUUACUUGGUUAAUUUACAUCAAGGUUGACACAUGUUUAUACCAAAUGUUGUAUGCAUAAGGUAAACAGGUAUAAACAAUUAAUCUAGGUAGACUGCUGGCUGAUUCAAGUGCCCUAUGUCGCAAAGAAAGAUAAUUUCGCUGUAGACUAUUUAAGACCAUUCUUGAAUGCUGUGUUCGCCAGUUUUGUCUAGAAUAAGCCUCAACCACAUGUCACCUGUGGUUACCCUAGACAAAAAAAAAAAAAAACCUUUCCCAGCAACUGAGCAGCAAUGCUAUCUCUCAGUGUAACAGAGAAAUAAUGCAUUUCAUUGUAACAGUGGCAGAUGGCACCACCGUUCUUUUCAAUGAUGGAAGCACAGCAUCCAAACACGGUAUUAGUCAAAAUGCAUUAUGAAAUGCCACUUCUGCAUGAAGUUUGAGUGCAAACAAGCCUGUGGUUUACCUGGAAAGAGCCUUAUGUGGCAUAUGUGGCUGACUUUAUUAUGCAGCACACUGUAUAUGUGCCCGUGAAAAUAGGAAUCAAGGGAAGCAGAACUGCACUUUUGUGCACAUCCUGCUUGCUAGUUUUCAGCUGUCACACAACUGUUCUAAACAAUGAGUUGAUGCUGCCUGACCUGGCUCGCAAAGCUCCCACGUUUUAUUUUGGGUGGCCUUUCUGCUACUGCACCUAAUGCAACCAUUCCAGCUCUACAAACCCUAGCUUCUAUUGUUUCACAGGGCCAGGCUUGCGAGAACUUGCUGUAUUCAGUGCGUUACAAGAAAGCUGUCUUCCUUGCAAGACCAUAUGUUUUCAGUUGAUAACGUCGAGGUUCCCUACAACCCUAAAGCCGACUGGAAUUAAAUUUUGGGCCACGUAAAAAGCAUAUAUUCAAAUAGUGCAGCUAUAGAGGUGCCUGCAUGCAAAAUUUUACGUUUGAACUAUGAAUUGAUGUGUCAUGAAAAACUUACAACAGUAGACAUCUUUAAUGCCAAAACUGAAAAAAGAACUGCUAUUACCGCUCAUCGAAAGUAACGUGCGACUCGAAACGUGUCGCUCGUUGGCAUGAUGUUGGAAGUUCAGGCGCCGCUCGAGGCUGCCCGCUAUGCGUUAGAAAAUCUCAGAGGCGACUUGCUGGGACUUGCUUCCUAUCCACUAGCCACCAGGUGCACGAGUCGUCUGCAUAGGUGUUAUUUAAAGGCCGCUAAUAGGAAAAUUAGAUUAUUACCAGCCCUGCAGCUUUACCAAGUUUGCUUCAGUAAUAAUACUACUCAUUUAUUACCAAUUUAGCCUAAGUGAAAUUUCAUUGCAGUUGGCCUUUAAAGUGUUCAAGUCAGCAGUACAGCAGACUGUGCUGGGUCAGUAUACAGACACUACUAUCUUGGGCACAUCUGUUGCUUUAUUUUAUUUGUUCUUGUUCCCCUUUGACAUGUGCAAUUUACGUUGGGACUGCAGUCAGCAUGCAGUUUCUAAGUGGUGCACCCACAGCAAUUGGACACAGCUUGUACACUUCGCCAGAGGCACAACUGUUUUUGGUACUGGCAGGGAUGUCGUUAACAUUGUUGCCCAGUAUGAAUUUUGGUAUGUCACGCAUUUGACAUUUAUUUUUGUUUUUGUUUUCAUUCUUUUUCCGACGCGUUUUCUUUUGCUGUCAUGUCACGACUUGUGUGACAAUGUAGUCGUCACAUCACUUCUGUAAUGUGACGCUUGCAGACAGUGGCAGCUUUCUUUUUUUUUUUUCCCCUCCCCAAUCGCGGGGAUAACCUCUAUCACCUACUUGAAGAGCAUAACAGCUGAUGUUGGAGUUACUGAAGUUUUUGAAAAAAGCUCCCAUCAGAAAGCUCUUCUUUGUCGGCAAAUUUUGUCAAACCGUGCUGGUCACUUCCAUCAUUUCAAAGCUGAGGUUGUUGCAUGCAUUGCAUGUAUAUUUAUAGCUGAGAAAGCAUGGAUGCCUGAAACAAAAACAUUUGCAGGUGAUCCAUACAAAAAAAGAAAAAAAAAACAGGAUGUUGCACAGGUGUUGCUUGUUCAGGAAAUUGAACUUAUUAUUUUUUACUUCAUUUUUGCUGGUCAUAUGCAAAUUUUCUGAAACAUUGUCACCAUACGUUGCUGUGUCACCAGCUCUCACUUCCAUAUCAUUCAAAGCUUUUUUUUUUUUCUCACCAUCAAAGAAACCAGCAUGGUUUUUGUCAUGGGCUAUGCCAACCAAUUUGUGUGUCGUCAUUCAUCCUAUUUAUUUAUUUUGCUCAUGAGUGGUCCUUUGGAAAAAAAAACUUUGCCACGUGUAGAAGGUCAUUAUCGUAGGUGCUCACGCACCGGUCUAGAACAUUGUUCAUGCACUAGUACCACCAGGGUUGGCACAGAAUAGCACAACACGACAGAAACACAACAGGGCACGCCAACAGCCUGCGACGAACACAACACAUCAAAACGACAGGGUUUGCCAGUGGCUUAUGCCUAGCACUCCCACCUGUGAAUCUCGGGACUGUCCUCAGUCGAUCACUUCUGGGGAUUGGCUUAAUGAACAGAGGCACAUUUUUCACAUGGCAGAGCUGUCAAAUGCAUUAAAUGGAUGGGUUACGCAAAUAUUUGGCAGGCGGUAUAAACAGAUGCUUGCCAUUACAACAAAGUACACUGCUCUAGACGUUUCAUCAUUUGAAGGCGAAAGUCUCACCAAAGGUGGUCGACUGAGGUUGUGGUCCCCAUUCACUGGACAUUCCUUAAGGAUGAGGUGGCACAGGUGAAUCGCCAAAGAGUAAUUAAAAUGACUCUGUUGGCCAAAAUUUUUGGUUGUGGAUUAGAAAAUCUUUUCACGUGGCUUUUGGCUGAGCCCGAGGGACCAUUUUUUACUUGGGACCAGAAGGUUAAAAAAAAAAGAAAAACUUCCUUCAAAGUGACUCCAUGAUGCAGCACUUGCGUAUUCUUUGUUCAUUAUCUCCGGUUUAUUGAAAUCACCCAGUGCUUUGUUAUAAGCUGUUAGUUAUUUAAACAAUUGACCUUUGGGUAAUCAGGUAUUUUGCCCUUUUCUUUUUCCUCUGUUCAUGUCUUUAUUUAAUAAGAUUUAUCGAAAUUGGGUAGUCAUCGUGGCACGAGGCACUUUUUGUCAUACAAUGUUUUCUGGACAUAUCGGUUCAUUCUUUUUUGAUCUUGUGCCUCAUUGGACUCAUCGUUUGGUACAGAAUUUGGUGUCAUGUAGUGGUAGUAAAAAUUGUGACUAUCGCCCUGUGAUCGCCUUUUUUUUUUGUGCCACCUUGGAAAACACCAGCACUGGCGUAGAAGACACGCACAUAGCACAUGGUGCUCAAGUCUCAUAUUUUUGCAAGGAGAUGUAGACGAGUGUAAGGGUAAAAAAUGGAGCACAGUAUCAUCUGUUAGCGCAGUUCUGUCACAAAUAACGCCUUAUUCUUAAUGCCCGAGUGAAAACAGUUUCAGGAAAAUUGCCUACAGAGUCCCUUACGUGUGGCACACAUUUAGUUUGCGAUAUUAUUUUCUGAAGAGAAAGUACAAGACGCAGGCGUGCAUGAUUUGUGGGUUUCACAGCAUUGCCACCAGUUCUAAUGUAGCAUCACAACACUACUAACUAAAAUUUUUCCUGCUUUUGCCAAGUUCUCAGCAGUGCAUUAGGCACAUGUCUUUAAGAGUGCCCACAAUAUUGCAUUGUCGCCUCUAAGCACAUUGCUUUUGCACUGUGACACCACAUAUUGUCUCAGUGAAACAUACCACAAUCUGCACAUAUUGUUUCUUCUCUCGUACAGUGUACGAACGAGAAAAGCAGAUGAUACAAAUGGAAGGCGCCUAAUGAAUUGUGCUCCAAUUCCUAUCCUCGCUCACUACGUGCCUGCAGUGUGAUACACAAUAUUUCUCCAUGCGGGUUGGUUGUCAUCUUCUCUUUUUUCUGGAAUGACCACAAACCACGUGGGUCACUCUGGGAAGCAGAAAAAAGAAAUAUGCAAAAAAGUGCAUUUAUUUCGUUGUGGGUGCCACUAGUACGCCGUGGCUAACUUGUGGAAAUGGUGAAUUUCUUUCGUCCAAGCAGUGGUUUGUUAUUUUUAAAUCUCCUACGCCCCCCCACCCCCCAAGAGAUUAGUACCUGAAAAUCAUUGACAGUGCCUUAUGUCCUUCGUCUGCCAUGAAGUGUGAUCGUGAAGCAGUAUUUUUGUAUAACUCAAUUGCAUUUGUUGAUCCUUUAUGCCCCCUUUCUUUUUUUUUUCUUUUUUUUUAUAAUGCAUGCACAUAUUGUAGCCUUUAUACAAGUGUUGCAUACUUUACACUGCUCUCACUAUACCGAGGGGCCAUAACGUGUUUGAUACGUGUGUGCCAAUUAAAAAUAUUUGAAAGCA